AUGCCUGACUUCAAGAUCUCCGCGCUCCUGGAAGGCCACAGCGAUGAUGUUCGAGCUGUGGCCUUCCCAAAUCCCAAAACAGUCCUAACAUCGUCCCGAGAUGCCACAGUACGCAUGUGGACGGUCAUAUCCUCCCCGCCUCCUAAAUUCGAUGACAAGAUCACCGUGCAUGGGUCGGCAUUCAUAAACUCUCUGGCAUACUGCCCGCCUACGGAAGACUAUCCGGAGGGAUUGAUAUUCAGCGGUGGUCAGGAUACAAUAAUAGAAGCAAGACAGCCUGGGAAAGCUGCCGAUGAGAAUGCAGAUCGCAUGCUGCUGGGUCAUACUAACAACGUAUGUGCCCUCGCUGUCUCGCCUGAUCGUACAUGGCUAGCUAGUGGAAGCUGGGACUCGACCGGUCGUCUAUGGGAGAUUGGAAAAUGGAGCAAAGAGGUCGUUUUGGAAGGCCACGGCGGUAGUGUCUGGGCUGUUCUUGCGUACGACAAAGAUACAGUUAUCACGGGAUGCGCUGAUAAGCUUAUACGUGUGUUCAACACCUCUGGAAAGCUACUAAAUACCUUCCGUGGCUGCGGGGACGUUGUUCGAGCACUUUGCAAGGUUCCAGAUGGUCAUGCAUCGGGUGCCCAAAUAGCAUCCGCAGGGAAUGACGGUAUCAUUCGGCUUUGGACGAUCCAAGGAAAGCAGGUCGGCCAGCUACACGGACACGAGAGCUUUAUCUACUCUCUCGCUAGCCUGCCAUCUGGCGAGCUGGUGAGUUCCGGAGAAGACCGGACCGUCAGGAUAUGGAAUGGUGCUAGCUGCGUUCAAACGAUUACACACCCUGCUAUAUCGGUAUGGUCCGUUGCCGUAUGCGCAGAGUCCGGUGAUAUCGUCUCUGGUGCGAGUGACAGGAUAGCUCGAGUCUUUAGUCGAGCUGAGGACCGCCAUGCGGACGAGGCUACCACACAGAUAUUCGAGAAUGCCGUCAAGGAAUCAUCCAUUCCCCAGGAACAGGUUGGAAAGGUCAACAAGGAAAAACUCCCGAGUCCGGAAUUCCUUAAGCAGAAAUCUGGAACAAAGGAUGGGCAAGUCCAGAUGAUCCGUGAAGAGGACGGAAGUGUUACCGCCCAUACCUGGUCUUCCGCCGCGUCUCAAUGGGUCCCCGUUGGGACCGUUGUGGACUCUGUUGGAAGCAGUGGCAGAAAGGUGGAAUAUAUGGGCCAAGAUUACGACUACGUCUUUGACGUCGACAUCGAAGAUGGAAAGCCACCUCUGAAGCUCCCAUAUAACCUAUCCCAAAACCCGUACGACGUUGCAAAGAAGUUUAUCGAGACCAACGAGCUUCCUAUAACGUACCUGGAGCAGGUUGCGAAUUUUAUAACGUCGAAUACCAAGGGGGCUGUGGUAGGUCCAGCACAGACAAACGAAUCUACAUAUCAGCAACAAUCUCUUCCAGAAUCUCGUCCAAAAGUAUUACCACAAACGUCAUACCUCUCCAUAAAAUCAGCAAACUUGAAGGCGAUACAAAAGAAAAUCUCCGAGUUAAACUCACAGCUGAUAUCCUCGGGUUCGAAGGAUAUAUCUCUUGCCCCUUUGGAAAUGGAAGCCGUAUCUGCUCUCUGCUCUCAACUAGAACAGCCCUCCACUUUAUCCAAGUCACCAGUCGUCGAGGCAACCAUCCCCCUACUUGUAAAGAUAUCAACAAGUUGGCCAGCUGGAAAUCGGCUUCCAGGCCUAGAUCUUCUCCGUCUUCUUGCCGCUGCUUCCCCCCUCGCAGCAACUUGGGAUCAAGGCGAAGGAAAUCUGGUGGCUUUGAUAAUAUCAAGCGGCGUGUUUGACGCUCCUCUCAGUCCCAACAACACCAUGCUGGCAAUUCGCAUGUUGGCCAACUUCUUCGAAACCGAUCCAGGCCGCACGCUUGUCGCUGGUUGCUUUGAGGAAGUCACCAACAAGAUAGGUUCUGUCAUGUCAGAUUCUGUCGGUACCGGUAACCGCAAUGUGACGAUUGCUGCAACAACGCUAUACAUCAAUCUGGCCGUUUACCUGACCACGAAGGAAAGAGUUGACACACCGGAGGCGUCGGAGCAUGGGUUAGUGCUACUCGACCAGCUAACGAAAGUUCUGAUGAAAGAGAAAGAUUCAGAAGCCGUUUAUCGAGGGCUGGUCGCUCUCGGAACACUAGUCGUUGGCCUAGACUAUGAAAUCAGAGCGGCCGCGAAAGAAAUCUACGAACUUGAACGGACCUUGACUCGCGUUCUAGAUGCUGGGUUUGGGCGGGAGCCAAGGGUUAAAGGAGUGAUAAGCGAGAUUAGAGUCGCAAUCAAUUAG